GUAUAUAAAUGGAGGCAGUGGCAUUCACAAUCCCACGGUCUGCUAGUGCUUCAUCACCAGCUGCCCUCAACCCAACAAGCCCCGCAGCCAUGGCGUUCAAUGGAACCUGGAAAGUCGACCGCAGCGAGAACUAUGACAAGUUCAUGGAGACGAUGGGUAUUAAUGUCAUGAAGCGCAAGCUGGCAGAACACGACAACCUGAAGGUCACCAUUGAGCAGAAUGGGGACAAGUUUCACAUCAAGGAGUCCAGCACCUUCCGCACCAAGGACAUCGACUUCACCCUGGGCGAAACUUUCGACUACAGCCUGGCCGACGGCACUGAAGUCUCAGGUGCGUGGGAGAUGGAGGGUGACAUGCUUAAGGGCAAAUUCACCAGGAAAGACAACAACAAAGUCCUGACCACCACCAGAACUCUGGUGGGAGGAGAGCUCGUACAGAGUUACAACUACGAGGGAGUGGAUGCUAAGAGGAUUUUCAAGAAGCAGUAACCAGGAGUGUGAAGUUCAUAUUUUAUUUUUAUAUAGAUGACACGAUAUAGAUUUAUGUGUGUUUUUUUUAACAAGUCAUGGCCAAGUGUAUUCUCAUGGGAUUCUACUGCAUAUACCUCGAAAUGAUCAUUUCUACAGUGUUUUGCUGCUACAAUAUCAAUGAAACAAAGUGCAGAAGAUUUAAGUGUGGAGACAAACUCAGAAAAAGCAGAUGGUUUCAGUUAAAGAAGUUUGUCUUCAUCUAAAUGAAGGAGACAAAUGAGCUAAAGAGACCAAACCAACAGCUGCCAGCUACCCUCUAUAAAUACUUGAGAAGUGACAACUAAGUGAAUAAAGUCAGGUGAAUAACUCCAGCAAAGUGCCUUAAAAUACAAAAUACAAUCAUCCCAGAAAUGGCUAGACACUGAUUAAAGGGUCAGUUCAUCCAAAUUUCAAAGAACAUUUUUCCUCACUUGCCUCCAGCAGUAGCUAGCCAUCCAAAUAGUUUUGGAUUUAUUUGCCCAGAUUUUGAGAUCUUCUCCAAGAGUUUUACUUUCACCCUACGACUGAGGAGAACAGGAUUUCAUUUGUGUUUCUCCCUGCGUUGAAAAAUGCCAUUUAACAAAUUCAACAGUUGUGUAUAUCUCUGGAAACAAUGUCCAUGUUGCUAAGGGUAAUCCACUAUGUUGUUAACAGUUUUCAGAGGGACUACAUCACUAGUACAGCGUAGUUCUGAUAAAAACUGUUCACAUAUUUGUGGAUUAUCUGAGGUAACAGGUGCAUUGUUUCUGGAAAUAUUUGUGGCUGUUGAUUUUUUUUAAAUGUCCUGUGAGCAACACCAAUGGAAAUUCUUCCAACUCCAUUGUAUUGGAGUGAAGGCAAAAAUCUCAGACUCAAAAUGCAGGCAAAUAAAUACUCACAUGAUCAGAUACAAGCAGAGAUAAAUGAGACUAUAUUUUUUGUAAUUUUGGUGAACCAGCCAGUAGAGAUGGACUACAGCUUACUUUAACUUGACUUAACUUAAACAGCAUUUAGUCCCACACUAGUCUUUACCACUGUGGUGAGAAGCAGCCUAAAGCAGCACAAUAACAAUCCCACACAACAUGAAAUAUAUAAUAUGUUCUUUUGUGUCUUUAACCAGUUGGGAAACAAAUCAAUUUGCACUAAUAGUUCUUAUAUAUUUCAUUGUUUAGUCUGUAACAAUAAAGCAAUUUUCAUGUGU